AUGAACGAUGAUGCAGUUGACAAGAGGAAUCAGUGCUAUGAAAUGCAAAAAUACUUGCGGUGUGACAGAGUGCAUUUCAGACUUCACUUUAUUUCACUGGAACGAAUAGCUGAACCCACUUCUAAAUUUAACUGUUUUAUGUUACAAUAUAAGCCGAAGUUGGUUACUUUCCGCUUGUGUGAUAGCGUAGAGAAACUGAGCAAUGGUCGCUUGGGUACUAGUUCAACAGCUGCGCUAAUGGGUUCACCGGAAAGUGGUUCUUUCUCACCAGGGAUAUCAUCACCAGUACCAUGCGGAACAAGCACAGCUGGUCCGAUUGGCACUCCAUCUGAUGCAUCCGAUUCGGGUAUUGCUGCAUCUAGUAAGAAAUCUACGACACGCCGUAAUGCCUGGGGUAAUAUGUCGUAUGCCGAUCUCAUCACUCAAGCCAUCGUUAGUUCACCUGAGAAGCGACUAACUCUUUCGCAAGUGUAUGAAUGGAUGGUGCAGAAUGUUCCAUACUUCAGAGAUAAGGGUGAUUCCAAUAGUUCUGCCGGUUGGAAGAAGAAGGGUCAAUGGACCAGGACUCGACCAAAAGAUAGAAGAGUUGCUGUACAUUACCAAAUGACCAGCGGAUCGUCUCGCUGGACAUACCCCUAUUCAUCAGCAACAUCUCGACCAGAACGCUAA